AUGCAGAUAAUCCACAGAUGCGGUACAAUAAUACCUCGAGACAUUAUGUGCACGGAAACGCUGACAUGUACCGAGUUCCAUCGUUCAUGGUGGAUGCAGAUGCGUGAUCAUACGAACUCGAUUAUCGCAUAUAUGCGUCGCCAUAGUUUUCCAUACAAGGAUGUGGAGUUAUCAAAUGAGCAGUUAUUAUCAUCUCAAUAUUCGUUGAAACUUCGUCCGAUGCUGUGUAAAGAGGAACAGAGUGCCGGAUUUUUACUCGAUUCCAGAAGCGAAUCUUGGCCGAUUCGAUGUUUAUGGACAGGCAACGAUCUGAAUGCGACAUGUGCACCGGCACCACCACGCAACUCAUCCAUCUACUACAUUGCGCCAAAUGUCUGGAGAAAGCAAGUGCGAGUAUGUCUCUUCCACGUACUUGUUUCUGUAGUACAUCUGAUUGUUUGUCUUUUAUCGCUGCAAAAUUUUCAUUCUUGUAGCAAUUCUCAUUAG